ACAAUAUUAAUGGCUGUGACUUUCACGUGUCCUGCUAGCAAACUGGUUUUCGAGAGGUCUUGUUUCCUCCACAAAAAUUCAAGACAUGUAACAAAUGUACUUGAACACCAUUUUAACUAUGGGGUGGACAUCCUAAUUCCUGACUGUGACAGCAUUCCUCUGCACCUUACCAGCCUCAUGGUCAACUCUAGGUUCUUCCUCACAGAGAGGCUCCCUCUUGCCAUCCUCAUUGACAAAGAAUUUGUUGAAGCAUUUGUCAAAAAAGGAAAGCUCUACAUGCUCUCAUAUGGCACUGCCAUUGACAGGGACAAUUGCGUUGCUAUUGUUCCACCAGGGAUUCUCAUUUUAAACCUGACCAAAGACACAUACCAAGAAUUAGGCUUGGUAGGAAAACCCACAGUCUUUCAAAAGAAGUUACCAACAAAAUAUGUUGUAGAAAUAAACCUUACUGAAGAAUAUUUCACUCCUGGAAAAAAUUAUUAUGAGCGAGUUAAGUGGUGCCUUACUGACCGACUGGGUCUUGUUUUUGACUUUCUUGUUGCAUGGCUGCCACAUGAAGACCAAAUCUCACAGAGCUCAGUCCCUGCGUAUCUUUGUAACAAGGGGUUUCGCAGUAGAGCCUUCAAAGUGAGUGAGGAAAUCACUUUCAAAAAGGAUGUUAAGUAUCCUGUCAUAGACAGUAAUGACUUUGAUGGACACGGUGAAGGCGGGAACAGUGACAAUGACUGCCCUAUCACAAGCAGCACAAAGUAUGAUGAGCAGAAGAAGGGCGGGACCAAGUCUGAUGGACAGCUUAAAAGUGGAGAUUUUCUCUGUUCAUAUACAGAAUUCUGGGAGUGGCUUGGAGCAUUCACAUGUGGACUUGACUGUGAUGGUUCUCCAGAUGACUUCCUCUCCACAUUCUCAUGUCCAGACCCUGUGUCCAUCUCUCCAAGCUGCUGUCAGUGUAAAUACAGGGGUUUUAUUUUGCCUGGCACUAUAAAUUGCCUGAUAGAAAGUUUAAGAGACUACAUGAAAUCUUCCACAUCCCCCUGGGCUUGUGUGACAGUCCACGGGUUUACAGACUCCCCCGUCUCCUGGAGGAGAAAUGAACACGGCCACCACAAGGGAGGAGAAAACUUGUAUACAUUUGUUUUAUUUCCAAGUGAAGACUACUGGCUAUAUAUGGCAGUUGGAACACAUGAUAUAUGUCCGCCGUGAUUGGGGGGAAAUAUUUGCUGGAGACUGAAAAAUGUUUUAAAUAAUUUACUUUGGUUGAAGAAUAUGUCUAUUUUUUCAUGAUGUUAAAAAUCAUGUUGAAGUUAAAGUUGUUAUUUUGCUUAAUGGGAAAUAUGUCCAGCUAGGGUAUUUUUUAAAGAAGUUCACAUACACAAAUUUCCAAAGAGUAAAAUGCAAACCUAUGAAAUCAAUAUAAUAUUUUUUUUUUUGAAAGAUUAAAAGUUGAGGAUUUUACACAGAA